AUUAUUAAAUUUUCUCUGUGCAAACAUUUGUCUCAAUGACUUUUACCAAGCUGCGUCCUUUGCCGCGGCUAGCCUCACAGCUGAGAGCGAUUGGGAGAAGCUUUUUGCAGGUGCACAACGAUGCCCGCAGUCACAUUGUGCGGCCAGAUUGGCACAACGUUACAGAUGGAAAAUUGAACAAGGGCCUAAGUUUCACCAUUGAGGAGCGACAGCGUUUGGGCGUUCAUGGACUGUGGCCCUGUUCGUAUCGGGACCUGGAGGAGCAGCUGAAUGCCGUGUGGGUAAACUUUCAGGCGCGCAAGGGCAACAUCAGCAAGUUUACGUACAUCAAUUCGCUGUCGCAUCGCCACCAGCGGCUUUACUAUCGCUUCUUGAGGGACUACACGGAAAUUGUGAUGCCCAUCAUCUAUACACCGACAAUGGGCGAGAUUGUGGCUUCGUUUGGGCUGCACUUCAAGUAUCCCGAUGGCCUGUACAUCACCAUCUUCGAUCGGGGCCACAUCAGGAAUGUGCUCGAGAAUUGGAAGGAGAAGCAUGUCCGUGCCCUAUGUGUGACGGACGGCGGUCGCGUCUUGGGCCUCGGCGACAUGGGUGCCAAUGGCAUGGGCAUUUCCAUUGGCAAGAUUUCCCUGUACACCGCAUUGGCGGGUGUGGCGCCGCAGCAGCUGCUGCCCGUCUGCCUGGACGUGGGCACUGACAACGAGGAGCUGCUGGCCGAUCCGCUGUAUGUGGGAGCGAGAAUAAAUCGCGUACGCGGCGAUGAGUACGAGGACUUUAUGCAGGAGUUCAUGGAGGCUACGGUGGAGUGUUUCGGUGGGGAUACAUUCAUCCACCACGAGGACUUUGCCACACCGAAUGCCAUCAAGUUCCUGGAGAAGUAUCAGUACUCCCAUUGCUGCUUCAACGACGAUGUUCAGGGCACAGGCGCCACCGGUCUGGCCGGCAUGCUCAAUGUGGAGCGUCUAACCAAACGGAAGCUGCAGGAUAUGAUCUUUCUGUUUGUCGGUGCAGGCAGCGCUGCCCUUGGCAUUGCCAAUAUGCUGCUCACAGCUCUGCAGGGACGAGGACUCUCGCUGGACGAGGCUGCCAGCAAAAUCUAUCUCUUCGAUCAGAAUGGACUCGUCACAUGCGGCUCGGAGAAGAUCGAGGAGCAGGCCAAGACCUUUGCCAAGCCCAUGGAUCCGAUCAAAGAUCUCGUUGCCGCCGUGGAGCAACUAAAGCCAGCGAUUCUCUUGGGCGCCACUGGCAUUGGUGGACUCUUCACCGAGGAGGUGCUACGAUCAUUGGCCAAACAUCAGGAGCGCCCAGCCGUGUUUGCCCUCUCGAAUCCCACCAACAAGACCGAGUGCACUGCCGAGCAGGCCUACACCUUUACAGAGGGUCGCGUCUUGUAUUGUUCGGGUUCACCGUUUCCGCCUGUGGUGUUCAAUGGCAAACGUUUCACCCCGGCACAGGCCAACAAUUGCCUGGUGUUCCCUGGCAUUGCCUUGGGUGCGAUUUGCGCUCGUGCCCGCUUCCUGCCGGAAGACCUCUACGCUGAGGUGGCUGCCACGCUGGCCAAGAGCACAUCGGAGGAGCGUCUGGCCGCUGGCAGCCUCUAUCCCGCCAUUAGGGAGGCACACAGUUUGGCCUUGGAUGUGGGUGUGGCCGUGGCCAAUUAUCUCUUUGAAAAUGGCCUGUCAAAUAUCUAUCCCGUGCCCAAGGAUGUGUGCGAAUUCAUACAGAAAACUCAGUACAGGCUGGAGUACCAGAGCGCUCUGCCGCCCACCUGGCCGUAUCCUGAUUUCCCGGCAUGCCGUGGCAAAGAUUGCAAAGCGAAGAAUAUUUUGUAAUUAGAUACAAAGCACACACACAGAUACACUACACACACACACACACAUACACUCAGCUACAUGUAUCUGGUGUCUCUUAGGAGGAGGAGGAGGAGUAUGGCGGUAAAUGCUCAACAUUUUAACGUUAUUAUUGUCCUGUCAACGAGGGACAUUGACAU